ACAAGUCGAGGUGCCUUAUUGUUUCUGAGUUGCUAUGAACAUUUAACUAGAAACAGUAGAAGAAGAUGAAGAAGACUGAGCAAUAGCAAACGGUGGAUAUGAAGUGUUAGACUGGUUCUUAUGUGUCCUCUUGUGUCCGGCCGACGUAGUCUGCGUGCAAUGAUAGAGCGUGGAGAGCACCCUAAAGAUACAAGGAUGUGUGCUGCUGCUAUUCCCAGGGAUUGUUAGGUGUUUUUGCUGGAGGACAUCCACCAGCCUGACAAAUACACCAUGGAGAAAAGAGACAUGACCAUUAAAGAAGAGGAUUGUGAAUGGGAAGCCAGCCUCUGCAGUCAGACUAGUUUGCCCAUUAAGGCAGAGGACUGCAAAUGGGAGUCAGUGGGCAGAACAGAAGACUCGGAGCAGACAUCUGCCUGUACUGAUGUAGAGAAAUGUGAACUUAAAGACCACAUCAAGGAAGAGGACCUCAAUUCAGAGUAUGUCUGUAAAGAUACAGAAGUGACCGGAGUAGUCUCCCAGCAGGACGGGUACCAUUCUUUUCAGCAGCGUCCUGUCAACGUGAAAUCCGAGACCCUAGAAGAAGAAACAGAGAAAGAAUCGAGGAAAAAAAAAGAAGCCGAUCCAACCCUGUCAAGUCCUUCUGGAGAAAAAUUGAAGGAUAGUGACCACUUCACCUCAUCCUCAUUUGGUCAGUACCCUCUUCAAGGCAAAGAACAACGAUCAGCAUGUGAGGAAAAUGUAAAGAAAUCAGAUUCAGGAGCAGCCUCAUUGCAAUCCAGCUGUUUGCAUACGGUGAAACUAACAGACUGCUUUGGCACUCCUCAACAGGUGCAAAAUAUAAAUCCAAUGUCUCUGCAUACCAGUCAAAAGCCCAAACGAACGUAUAAAAGAAAAUCAAAUACUGAGGACCCACAGUGGAGUUUUUCAAAACAGAAGCCACAUUCCUGUUCAAACUGUGGUAAACGAUUCUCCAAAAGCAGCAAUUUCCAGAAACACAUGAGAAUUCACACUGGUGAGAAGCCAUACUGCUGUUCUGAAUGUGGCAAACGAUUCUCCUGUAGUAGCAGUUUGCAGAGACACACAGGAAUUCACACUAAACCAUAUUGCUGUCUUGAAUGUGGCAAACAAUUCUCCUGCAGUGGCAGUCUUAAGAGACACUCAAGUAUUCACACUAGCAACAGCCCGCAUUGCUGUUCAGAAUGUGGUAAGCAAUUUUCUUACAGUAGCAGUCUUGAGGCGCAUAUAAGAAUUCACACUGGAGAGAAGCCUUAUUCCUGUUCUGAAUGUGGUAAACAAUUCUCCUUCUAUAACAGUUAUCAGAGACACACAAGAAUUCACUCUGGAGUGCAGCCCUACUGCUGUUCUGAAUGUGGCAAGCAAUUUUCUGACCGCUAUAGUCUUCAUGUACACACAAGAAUUCACAAUGGAGAGCAGCCCUAUAGCUGCUCUGAAUGUGGUAAAAGAUUCUUCCGCAGAAGCAGUCUUCUGAGACACUCAAGAAUUCACACAGGAGAGAAACCACAUGGGUGCUCUGAAUGUGGCAAACGAUUUUCUUGUGCCAGCAGUCUUCAGGUACACACAAGAGUUCACUCAGGAGAGAAACCCUACUGCUGUGGUGAAUGUGGUAAGCGAUUCUCUGAUAAUAGCAGUAUUUGGAUACACAAAAAAAUUCAUUCUGGAGAGAAAUCACACUGCUGUCCUGUGUGUGGAAAACGAUUUUCCACCAGCAGCCAUUUACAGAGACACAUGAGAACUCACACUGGUGAGAAGCCAUAUUACUGUUCUGAAUGUGGCAAACAAUUUUCCAACAGCAGCAAUCUUCAGGCACACACAGUAAUUCAUGCUAGUGAGAAACCUUAUUGCUGUUCUGAAUGUGGCAAACAAUUUUCUGACAAUAGAAGUCUUCAGGUGCAUAUAAAACUUCACACUGGAGAGAAGCUGUACUGCUGUUCUGAAUGUGGGAAACAAUUUUUAUACAGCUUUAGUCUUCAGGUGCACAAAAGAAUUCACACUGGAGAACAACCCUUUUGCUGCUCUGAAUGUGGCAGACGAUUUUCUCGCAGAGGCAGUUUUCUGAGACACUCAAGAAUUCACACUGGAGAGAAACCACAUGGCUGUUCUGAAUGUGGCAAACAGUUUUCCAGUCCUGGUAAACUUCAGGUACACAUGAGAAUCCACUCGGGAGAGAAACCCUAUUGCUGCCCUGAAUGUGGCAAACGAUUCUCUCAUAAUAGCAAUUUUUGGGUGCACAAAAGAAUUCACUCUGGAGAGAAACCGUAUGGUUGUCCUGAAUGUGGUAAACGAUUCUUCACCAGCAGCCUUUUCCAAAAACACAUAAAAAUUCACACUGAUGAGAAUCCAUACUGCUGUUCUGAGUGUGGCAAACAAUUCUCUUGCAGUAGCAGUCUUCGAAGACACAGAAGAAGCCAUGCACCAGAGAAAGAUAUGAAAUAAGAAAACUUGGGAACUUGUGUAAUACUGUAGUAAAUGUCGCCCAGGCUCCUCAGGUUUUGAAAUUGUUUCAUUGGGGAGUGAGUAUUUUCAACUCAUCCUCAUUGAUAGGCUACUAGGAGAGGUUUUGGGUAUCAUCCUGCUCACAAGUGAUCCGGGGAGGGCUUCAAGGCAGACAUCCUUUUUGCAUGUUUACUUUGCCACCAAUGAAAUUGAUAUUGUUUUGUGAAAUUAUUUGCAAAAUGAAAUGCUUAAGUUUAAUAGAAUUCUAUUUUGUGCAAUAUAUUAUCAAUACUUAAACAUAAAAACAAAAAGGUAACACAAGAUGAAAAGGUUAAACGAUACCAACAUCCAGAAGAGACCUGAGCUUGUUAAACACAAGGUAUGUUUUUAGGUGCAACAUAUAUGUAACUGUUGUGGAAUACUAAAAAAUCAGCAGAUUAACUUUGUACACAGUUUAAGCCCAUGUGGAGACCAUGGGUUAUGAAUGUAUGCUCUCACACAGACAGUUCUGGCAGGGCAUUAUAUAGCAGCAAAGGUAUAUGGCGGGACUGCACAGCUGAUAACAGGUCUACUCUCACCUACAAUACAAGCGUAAACCAGUGUUCUCUACUUCUAAAAGUAAAUAAGUACAGGCCAAUUUUGCAGGUGGACAACUGUAGGAACUCAAGAUGUAUAAACAUAACUUUACCAUAAUGUGUCUCUUCUUCAUAUAACCGACAAGUGUAUGCCUUUUUUUUAUUAACCACACUGAGCAACAAUUGUUUUCAAAAGUUUUGCUCUUUUAAAUAUUUUGGUGAGUAUUAUAUACAGAUUUAGUUUGAACACAAAUAUUUCAGGUUUUUAGUAUUACAUAGACAUUUAGAAAAAUCUUAAAUGUUUUUUUUUUUUAUCUCCAAUGUGUUUGUUCACUAAAUAAUGCUGAUGUGUUUUUUUUUUUGUUUUUUUUUUUGGAGCUAAAAAUGUUUUGCUGCUCAUUUAAAUUUUUACUCCACAUUGGACACUUUCUGUCUCAGUCAACCAGCAUUGAUGAAUUCCACCAUCCCUGAUACCACUGUUACAUUGUUACAAUGUUCUGGUGAAAUCUUUUUACAAUGUCCAUCAUUAACUGCUCCAAGAAAAGCAGGGAAGAAGCCCAAGUGUGAAUGCAGAAAAUGAAUCUUUAGUGAUAUGAUGCACUUCCUGGUUUUGUAUCUUUUAAGCAUGAUGUCAACCUGCUGGACAUAGUUUGAUGCUCUGUAGUUGUAUUUGUCAAGAAAAAUCUCAAUAACAGUCUUGCAUCCCUUCCAUGCAGUUUACUCCUUCCCCACUAGCGGAUUUUUCAACAAGGAAUAGUUGAUGAUAUGUCCAGCCUCCUUUAAUAUUGGCAUCAGUUAUUUUGGAAGCAUCUCAAAUAUCAAAGUCCUUCACUUUUCUUGUUCAUCGCUUUUUUGAAAAUUUUCAUUAGUCCAAGGUUGAUAUGAAGAGAGGGCAAAAACCAUCUUUGUUGGGUCGGCAAGUGUUUUCUGUGCCCUGGAAUCAAAUGCUUAUGGAGCAGCCAGUCCUUUUUAAUGUAAUGAGAUUCCUUAUUAAGGUGGUCCCACGCAUAAAUGAACCAAACAGUACCUGAUAUACCGAGCCGCAUUCCUAGUAGCAGUGCCACCAAGUUGCAGUUAUUACACCAUAUAAGUAGACUUAUAAUAUUAGAAGACAUCACAAAAAUAGACGAUUACCAUUAUCGUUACAUCAUAGGAUAAGUUAAAGGUGUUUUUUUGUGAUCAGCAAACAAAAGUGUUCAAGAAGCCAAAUACUCCAAUAUGACUACUUCUAAGCUUAUAACAUUUAACACACAUAAGAUAAUGCAUUAUUCCACACCAUCCAGAUGUCAAAAAUCAAAUUAAAUAAAUGGAUCAAAGAUGUAUAUUUUAAAAUUCUUUUAUCUAGCAACUAUAACAGGAGUUAAAAUAGUUGCUAAAAUGUAGGUUGUUUAAUUACCAAAGACAAUGUGCAAGAGAAUUGUUUACAUACAGCAUGUAUUUAUUUUUUACAAUUGGACUGAAGGCUGGUUAUUUGACCUGUUCAAGAUAGCCGACAGUUGAGGAUUGAGCCCACUGCACUAUGCAGUCAAAAAUCAGCACCAGUAGGGUACAAGAAACUGAAAACUUGAGUCCUGUACAUUAAAUCAUUUGACCUUACCAUUUAACGUUCAGUAAUAAUCCAUGUAUCAGUCUCAACUGAUUACUCUUUGCCGUAGUUAGAGAAGCGGGAAACAUCACAAAAUACCAAAACAUGCAACUUCAAAUGACCACACUUUUGAACAAAACUAUGGAAAUGGUUUCAACAAUUUCCUAGACCAACAGGUGUUGCCAAAAAUGUCUUUCAUUCCCAGCUGCUAUCCCUCCAUAGAAGUGUUAGUAAAAGUAGUCAUGGAGGGAUAAAAACAAUUUUGGGACUGCAGUUUCAAAGACCGCUUCUUUCCUUGCUGCAAGUUUUGCUGUAGUGAGAUAUGAUGAACAGUAAAUGAACUCUCUGGGAGUUUACUUACAGAUGUUUCACGCAGACCAGCGUCGUCAGAACCUCUGAGUGACACUGAAAAGACUUCAGUAAUAUUUGCUUCACACUUCUUUGUAUCUGUCUGUGUCUAAACCCAACUUUCUUCCAUUUUCCCCACCAACUCUAAAUUAUAACCUUUGGUUAGGCUGAACGGUCAAUUUGUGAAUCAAACAUCAGCUGAAAAGCAAUUUUUCCCCCUAAAGGAAUUGCACAUUGUAUAGAUAAACACUCCUGAGAAGACAAGGUGUUGUGUACAUACUUUUAUGAUUAAAGCUUUUGGAAGAAGCUGACCAUCGAGAAUAGUCAGACAAUUAUCUGUGUGUAAUGUCAUAGGCUAUGGAGCCCCAUAUGUGUCAUUUGGCAUGAAGGACCAAUUGCUCAAGGUAUAAGAGAAACGACAUCCAUCAGGAUAUUAAAGACUCCGUCCAUGCAUCAACCUGACUCCUGAAUCCAAACGAGCCACCCAAAAGAUGUCUCUGUCCUGACAGAGAUGUUCCUUUUGAUGCUACACCUCAGCUUGCACAACCUUAUGGAAAGUAUUGUUUAAGCUUUAUGACUUUGAUCUUAUUAGGGCUAUUCAGAUAUUGCUAAUAUUCUGUUUUAAUAAAU